GAUGACUCGCUUUCGCAUCGGUUUUGCUCAGUAGUGCAGUUUUGCAAGCUGCUAACUGGGAUUACACACGCCAUCGACUCAUCCAACUGGACUGUGUCAGGUCCACAAGAUGACGUAAGCUCCGUGCUUAUACGAUGAGCCCCCGGGAACUGAAACUUGGCCAGCGUGUUGAGGUAACGGGUAAAAAUCUGCAGGGUCAGAUUGCCUAUGUGGGACGCACCACUUUCGCCGCCGGACUCUGGUACGGUGUGGUUCUGGACGAGCCGCUGGGCAAAAAUAAUGGAAGCAUCCACGGCAGCAUUUACUUCAAGUGUCCCGCCAACUGUGGACUCUUCGUGCGUGCCCAGCAGCUGGUGAGGAUUGCCGAGUUGCCCAAGGGAGCGGACAAUCGAAAAACCGAUGAAAUGCAACGCGACGGGGCCAGAGCGAAACUUUCGAGGCGGAAUGGCGGGGGCAAGUCCGUGGAGGAGCAGGAUAACCAGAGGGAGCAGAUGGCCAGCACAUCUGGUAAGGCAAAGGCAACUUCUACUCCAUCGCCGCAGCGUAAAAUCAGGAACAACCAGUCCCCAAGGGAGCAGGCUUUGGCCAAGACUUCUGGGAAGUUUUUGGCGGCGCAACAGCAACCAUUGCAGCUUCCAAAGAACCCAAUGGUGUCUGAUGGCAGUUCGCAGCCAAAAGAAGUUAAAGAAGUAAACAUGUCCCCUAAGAGUUCCUCAUCCAUUGAGAAAUCCAAAGAGCUUCCUAAGCGGGAAUCUAAGGAUUUACCACAGCAAGCACGAAAGGAAGAUGAGCCAGUUAAAGAGCAAGAAGAGCAGCAAAACAGGGAGCAGACAGCCAAACCAAGCCAAACCGAAGAGGUGACUGCCAAUCCGCUCCAGACAAGCACAAUUGGAGAAUUGCCGGCACACAGGGCCGCUGGUCAACUGAUACCGCCAUCUAUGACUUGUAACCAGAAGCGAUCCACGUCCUACACCCAGCUGAGACCCACGAGGAUUAGUCAGCCCAAGCCAACCACAGCACAGGCACAGAGCUCCACGGCGCAGCUCACUUUGGCCAUGCCGGUGCCUUUGGCUUUGGCACCCAAACGCAGCAAGACCAGCAUGAGUCCCACGAGUUCGGUAAAACGGGCUGCGCCGGCAGCCUUUGUCGAACCUCGGUUCCUGGAGAUCCUAAGACCUCAGUUCACGCCGGGGCCAGCUCUUCGAACUCCGUGCUCGGUGGCUCCACCUUUGGAUAAUCCAGAGCUCCGACAACUGAGGGAGGAACUUCAACUGCUGAGGGGGCAAAAGAGCGAGGAUAAACUCAAGCUGCUGGAGCUGGAGCGGAUGCGAAUACACAACGAGCAACUGAUGGAGUUUAAGUCCCAGAUCAUGACGCAGCAGGUACUGCUUCAAAGGGAACUGCAACGAUCCCGACACGAACUAAGGGAAGCCCAGGAUGUUUCCUCCAAAUUCAAGAGGGAAUUGGACGAGAUAGCUGAGAGCAUAGAACUGCUCACGCUGGAUAAGGAAAUGGCGGAGGAGCGCAUGGAGACCAUGCAAAUGGAACUGGAAAUAGCUCAGGAAAGAAAUGAUGAACUAAGCCUGGAUGUGGAGAUCCUCAAGGCGGAGCAGGAGGAGCAGCAGGGUCAACGGAUCGAGAAAAGUGAGAAACAAACCAGUGGAGGAGUGACUACCCAAUCCGCUGGUGAAUUCCUUCGCUUGGAGCAGUAUAAUCAACGACUCCGCGAGACAGUGGUUCGUCUGAGAGACACUCUCGCCCAGGAGAAGCAACUUGGCCAACGAACGCACAAGGAACUGGAGACCAAGCACUCGGAGAUCAACGAACUGAAGAGCAUCAAAGAGUUGCUCAGUAGAAGGGUGGACAACAUGGAGGUGCAGCUAAUGGACCUGAAGGAGCAGGUAGAUGCCUCUCUCGGAGCAGAAUCCAUGGUCACCCAGCUGGCCUCCCUGAAACUAGAACUUGAAGAUCGUGUCAAGCUUCUGGAAGAUGAAGUUAACGAGCUGGAGGCCCUGGAACAAAUCCAAGAGCAACUGAUAGAGAGUAACCAAGAACUGGAAACAGAUCUGCGCGAGGAAAUCGACAAGUUGGGUGGUCAAGUUAAGAUCCUAGAGCAGCAGAAGAACGCCGCCAUGGAGAGUCUUUACGACCGCGAUGUGACCAUCAUGAAAUUCCGGGAUUUGGUUAGACAGCUUCAGGAGCAACUCCAACUGCGAGCAGAUGGCACCUUGUCCAUCGAGGACUUCAGCAGUGCCAACGAGUCCCAGCAGGAGGAGGGUUCCAACCAGAGUCAGGCAGACUACCAGCACAUCUUCAGUGUGAGCAAGGCCUACGGAAGGGCUCUGGAGCAGCAGAUCAAGACUGUGGAGCUGAGAUUGCAGCGCCAGCAUCUGGAGCACGUCCUGGCCUUCGUGCCCGAACAGUUCCUUCUGCGCGGCGGGGAGCACGAUGUGGUUCUAGUCAUGCUUCUACUGGAAAGGAUGAAUGAGAAACUGACCAUCGUGUGCCAGGCCAUAAAUGAGAAGUUUCCCACGGCCUGCGAGUUUGGUCGUGAUGCCAUCUUCGAGGGUUACUCCGUGCAGCGCUACAUAUUCCGGUCGCAGUGCCUCUACCUGUUGAAGAGUCUCCAAUUGGUGCUCCAACAGUUCCGCCAUGGACUCAACCACUGCGACUAUGAGCUGUGCACCCAUGCGGCCAUUUAUCGGAGCGAUCUGGAGAUCCAGGAGCAGCAGCUCGAUGAGUUUGUGCGGCUUCUAAAGACUGGCCAACUGGAUGAGCAUACGAAUUGCGAACCCAUUCAGCGGGUUCUUCACUAUGUGAGUGGAUUGCAUCAGAAUCUGAUGCCACCUCAAACGCUCGUGGAACUUCUGGAUGAACAGCAGCUCUAUGAAGCCCUGAUCGAGGUCUACGAAGCGGGAUUGGAUGCGGUUAAUGCAAAUGCGGGCUUGAUGCACACCAUUAUACAACUGGGCCAUGAGCAGACCGCCUCCUUCAAUUGCAUGCAGUUGCUGAUGGAGCAGAGCUGUGCUCACAAGCAGAAACUAAAGAAGCUCCAAAGGAAACUGAGUGGCAGCAAGACGGCAUCCUGGACGGGAAUGCAGUGUGCCCGGUAUCAGCGAAUCCUGGAGGCCAACGAGGCAUUGGGAGCCCUCAUACGAUUGCUGGGUUUAACGGCCCGAGAAGCCAGCAGAGAUUCAAAUGGGGGAAUAGCCCACGAGAAGUUGUGGAGGAUGCUGGUGCUCAACUAUAAUAAGUUUGCACCAAGUCAGGAGACCGAGGAACCCAGGGAAGUGGAUGCCUAUAGCCAGCGGUGCAUGCAACUCCUGGAAGAGCAGUUGGAUGAGCUUUUCACAUUACUGGAAUCCACAGAUGUGAACACAGAAUAUGUGCGCCAUCCCACUAGCAACACAUUGCAGGAGCGGGCUGCCGAAGUGAAAAAACACUACGAGGAUGUGAAAAAUCUGGAGUUGACUGUGGCAGAGCGGGAUAAGGAUAUCAAGAGCCUCAAGUACAUGGCCAAGAUGAAGCAGCAGGACUUCUCGGAGCUGCAGGUUCGCAAGGAGAUGGCCGAGAAGCAGCUGAGCAAGCAGUGUCACGUACUCGCCGGAUUCGCAGACGCUGUGGAGCAACUGGAGCAGUCGAUCCUGGCCAAAGAGGCAGCCCUGGGACAGGCCUUGAAUAUCCUAGCCGACAAGAUAUCCAUCCUGGAGCAGGCGCAGCAGCACUGGCAGGAGCAGCAGAAGGUGGACAAUGCCUGUGUGACCAGCACCACGAUUAGUUCCAACCGGGAGAUGAACAUGCUCCAUCAGGCUCUACGCCAGGAGCGAUCCCUGCGAGUACAGUUGCAGGGCAUCGAGAUGAGGAAGACCUUCGCCUCCCUGGAACCACUGCAUGUUCCUCGGACCAGCAGCCAGGAUCUGACCAACCUGGACAAGGACCUGCGCUCGCUGAAGAACCAGUGGCUGCUGGCCCAUCUGGAAAUGGGUUCCGCUGGCAGUCAAAGACGCUCGGAGAUCGAGCUGCAGGGCAGCCGCAUCCUGCGACAUAUCUUCCAGACAUAUUGCACACAUCAUCCGCAUCGGGCCAAAAACACUGACUUCGGUCUCUUCAUCAGCGAGGAUCUGCGCAGAGCAUUCGAGCAAAACUCUAGUUACACGAAUUAGUAUUCCAAAUGUAUCUCGGUCAUAACAAAGGUAUAUGUGAUUCGCAGCUUAUAUAAAACAUUAAUAUACUAAUAAUUAUUUGUACGAAAUUAGAUAUUAUAUAAAACUGUAUAAUUAUAUAGUUCAUUUCGUGUUUAUCGGGCAAUAAACAA